AUUUCAGCCGCCUUUGAUGAUUCGACUUAUUUUUGUUAUUUGUGAAAUUUAUAAAAUUUAAAAUCUCUAAACAAUGUCGCAUGGACAUUCCCACGACCACGGUGGCUGUGGCCACGAGGCCACCGAUGUGGAUCAUGCCCUGGAAAUGGGCAUCGAAUACAGUUUGUACACAAAAAUUGAUUCCGAGAAUCUGGAGUGUCUGAACGAGGAAACCGAAGGCAGCGGCAAAACCGUCUUCAAGCCGUACGAAUCUCGCCAGGACACGAGCAAAUUUGUCCAGAGCGAUGCGGAUGAGGAGUUGCUCUUCAAUAUACCCUUUACCGGCAACAUCAAACUCAAGGGCAUCAUCAUCUGUGGCGCCAACGAUGACUCGCAUCCGAACAAGGUUAAAAUCUUCAAGAAUCGUCCAAAGAUGACAUUCGAUGAUGCCAAGAUGAAGCCCGAUCAGGAGUUUGAGCUAACGCGCGAUCCUCGCGGCGAAAUUGAAUACUCGCCCAAAGUGGUCAACUUCUCCUCUGUUCAUCAUCUGUCCCUGUACUUUCCCAGCAAUUUCGGCGAUGACAACACACGCAUCUACUAUAUUGGUCUUCGAGGAGAGUUUAGCGAGGCGCACUACCAUGGCGUUACCAUCUGCAAUUAUGAAGCCCGUGCCAAUGCUGCUGAUCAUAAAAACAAGGCAUUUGAUGGCGUUGGACGCCCAAUUCAAUAAAUCAAAGGAUUAGUCUGCAUUUCU